AUGACAAAUGAUAUUCAUGACACUUUACAAGCUCUCCUUGCCCGCAUGGAAGCUUUGGAAGCACGCUCUGCUGCUCCUCCUGUGGUGCUUGAUGGUUCUUCUGCUGAUGAAGACGACACAAUGCUACCUACCUGCCAUAUUGUCAAACGACCUAUCGCAUCUGAUCUCACUCCCUUCCACAAACUUAUUAAAGCCAUUCCCGGGAUGGAGCACGACUUCUUCAGGCAACCCUUGGACGAAGCCUCUCGCCACCGAUUCCUCCUUAACUGCCCACGAAAUGUACUUCGUCAGUACCAAGCCCCUGUUCUCAACUACAGUGGUGUGGGACCUCACACCAAACAUACUGAUGCCCAACUCGCUGAUAUUCAGUUCUGCCUAUCUGGUCUCACCCGUCCCAUUGACCUGUUUGCACAUGAUGUGCUUGUGGAAGGAUCUAUCCAGAUUACACAGGCGUUGGAUGGCAAUCUACCUAUCACACCAAUUGUCACCAACUCUGCCUUGGAGCCCAAACCACUUCUCAACUCUCAACAAAUUGUGGAACAAUCUAAGCUCCAGCACUUCUGCUAUCACAGUCCCAUCUUACCAGCAAUCUUCCCAUCCCCACGACUUGAAGAAGGUUUUUCACAGUCGCCCACAGCUGUCCAAGUCUCAGACAACCAAUACACCACAGUAGGUGAGCGCCUUCAACUACACUCAAGUCCUAUCUGGCAUACUGGUUACCAAAGUUUCCAGAACUUGAAGUGGUAUCUCCAACCAUGUCUUGUAGAUUAUCACUUCAAGUUCUUUCACAUUGGUUAUUUGUACUCUAUUCUUGCGAAGUUUCCUCGCAAGAUGAGCCCAAAUAUACUCAAUAAGAUUAAGAUCUGGGCUCUGGGCAGCCCAAAAAUCAAAGCUAUCUAUUAG